AUGGCCGCCGUGCCAGAGCCUGACUAUUAUGAGCUUCUGGGUGUGCAGCGCGGUGCCACGCUUCAGGAGAUCCGCGCAGAGUUCCGGAAGAAGGUCUUGGCUGAGCACCCGGACAAGGGCGGAGACCCCAAGAAGUUCCAGCUGCUGAACAAGGCCUACAACGUCCUCACGGAUCAGGACAAACGCCGGCGCUAUGAUGCGACCGGCCGCACGGACAGGACUGCCGAGGAGGAGUUCGCAGACUCGUUUGGCGGCGGCCGCCUGCAGAAAGAGGCUCGUAGCAAGGAGGCUGAUGAGAAGGCGGUGGUGAACAUGGAGGAGCGCAUCUCAAAGGGGCCUCAAGGUGCGCAUGAGGAGGGCUUCUCUGAGUGGCUUCGCCAGAGAGAUCAGCAGGAGAUGGUCAUGACCGACAAGGACUUCAUGAAGACGGCCCUCUUCAACGCCGCCGAGAUGACACGGCAGGUGCGACAUAGCGGCCUUGUUCAGCAUGUGUUGGGCUCGCCGAAGACCGAUGCCUAUGGCCAGACGCUGGGAGGGGCCGUGCAGGUUCAGUCGAAGCCUCGCCCAGUGAAGAAGUCGAUUGACCACGAUGAGAUCCUCAUCCGAAUGUUGGCUGUGCCCGUGGACGACUCCAUGGUCUAUGCGGAGCUGAACAAGUCCGGUGUCUGCCUGGGAAUGAUUGGCGUCGGCAAGGUUGAGCAGCUUGGUGCCCGCUGUGAGGAACUGAAGGAGGAAGACAUGGUUCUCGUCCUUCCGAAGCCCACCAAGUUCUCUUCCCAGAGGCCGAUCGGCACUUCGCGUACACUCCUGCAUUGCAAUGAGGAGGAUCUCAUCCGCAUCCCCUCAGAGGUGCAGGAGGAGUUGACAGCUGAGCAGAUUUGCCUGGCUCCGACCAUUGUCUGUGCCUAUUUGCUCCUGGAGAUCUUUGGCGCCAAGCUAAAGCCCGGAGACUCCGUGCUGUUGAACGCUGCCCACCUGUCGGCAGCUGGCUCGUCUCUGCUCCAGCUUUGCAAGCUGCUGAAGCUGAAGCCACUAUGCCUUCUACCUCUCCCAGGCGCCCCAAAGAACCUGGUCAAGGGUGAGUAUGGCUCGAAGAGCGCUUGGCAGGAUGCAGACACCCGCGCCCAGCCGCCCAAGAAUGUGCAGACACAGUAUGAGCGCAUUAGCGAGUGGCUGCUUACUAUGGGUGCAGAGGAGGUCUUUCCAGAUGCAGUUGCCCUCCUGCGCUGGCGCGAUCGCAAUCAGCGCAUGCUGCCCAAACUUGCCUUGGAUGGAAUCGCCACCCGUGACUCUGCUGAGCAAUUGGUCCAUUGCCUGCAGCCAGGCGACAAGGAUGCGCAGAUGGUCGUCUACGGCCAUGGCAUCGCUCAGCCGAUUGAGAUCGCACCUCCGCUCCUCUCCGCCUGGGGUGGCAGCUUGAUUGGCUUCAACAUCGCGCGCUGGGUUCAUGCGCUGACGGCCAAUGCCCGAAAGAUGAUGGACGUCAUGGAGAAUAUCACCAAGCUGGUGCGAGCCAACCGCUUUAGCUUGGACACGGUGCUCUACAAGGUGGGCGAAGAUGCCAUCAGUGAUGCCUUCGCGCGGGCGGCCGAUGCGUCGGACAGCGCACAGGUGGUGCUGAUCUUCCCGACACUACAGGAAGAGCUUCAGAAUAACCCUGAAGCCAUGGAUGAGCCUGCCCAGCGUGGUGCAGCCGCAAAGGGCCCUGAGGCUGCAGUGAAGAACGAGGAGGACGAGCGAGAGAAGCUCAAGGAAGACUGGCUGAAGCUGCUCUUCACGGAGGGAAGCAUGGCGGCUACCACGCCGGAGGGUCCCCUCCCUUCCACCAUGGAGCUGGGCGAGAGAAAGCCAGAGACGCUGGUGCUCUGGGUGGGCGACAACCCGAAGGCCGAGAGCGUGGCCCUCAAGGAUGUGGCCAGCGUGCUGGGCCGAGCAGGCCUGUCUUCACUCUCCUGGUCCCAGCAUCCUGCAGGCGAGGGUCUCCUUGAGUUCGAGGUGAACACCCCUGAGGUGACAGAUGGCAGCUGGUACAUGCGCAGCAGGAAGUCUUUCCAAAACGAGGACCUGGACAUGCUCCAUGACAUUGAAGUCUUGGCCCGCUCUUUGGUGGAAGCUGCCGAGCCUAAGCUGAGGGAUGCUGGCCUCGGCUGGAAGAACGUCAUCCUGUGCGGCUUCGGCAAGGGCGCCGGCAUCGCCCUGUACGCCUCGCUCAUGAAGAUCAUCCCGCAGCAGGUCUCGGCCAUGAUCUUCUUCAGCCCGAUUGUGGCAUUCCCUUCGUUCCUGGCGGAACGUUUGAGUGCCCUGCCCCGUGACACAACGCCCGUGAAGAUGUUCCUCGUCUGGGGCAACCGAAACAAGUCCACGCCAGGGUCCUACCGCCAGUUGUUGGCACAGGCGCUCCGCAAGGCUCCAGAGGUGCACCUGACGCCGGACACGCUGCCUGAUGGCGACCACUCUUUCGACGUCAAGGCCUUCGGAGUGCUGAGUUCUCUUCUGCCCCUGUGCCUGCCGCGCUGA